UGUAAAUAAGAGAAGUUUGAGUGGGCGUGGUCCAAGAGGAAAAGCGAAACUACAGUAAAAGUCUAACUUCCUGAUUGCCGACAGCGGUGUUGUCUCAACAAAUGUCAAGAAAAGGCUGCAAAAGUUAGGCUUGAAUGUAGGACCAGUCUGGACCACUUCAGGCUCUGCUGAUAAUCAACCAUCACCAGACUGCAGUAUUACAGGUAUAUGUAACUGCAUGGGUUCAUAUGCAUUGGUAGUAAAGGACAGUUAACAAUGUAUCUUGGAAGUCUGUCCUAAUGUAUUUGGAUACUCUUCGGUCUGGUAUUUAACCGAGAAACAGUGGAGGUUUGAAGCCUAUUUCAGAUGAUUGGAUGAGAACAAUUGUAAACCGUUAUCAUGGGGAACAGCUCGUGCUGCCCAAAAUCAAACCCAUGUGAUAUCACAGUUGAUGAAACACAGGGCCUGCUGAACUCACCUGAUUCAAAGGUUUCAGCGAGGCCAAUAACGACUGAUGGCAUCUGCCAAUCACUGGAGGUAGCGGAGAGUAGCAAAAAUGAAGCAGAGUGCAUAAGACACAAACAAGAACAAGAUGUAGUCACCACACAACCAAUAGCAGCUCCCAGGUCAGCUGAGGGGCCUGCACAGAGUUCUUAUUGUUCUGUAAUCCAGAGUCUCCACACUGAAGUCUCCCUCACUGCACAAGCCAACCAAAGUGCCUCACCUGUGACGAAAGCGACAGAGGAACAAGUAGAUGCAGCUGCUAUAGCCACAGAAACAAAAAAGGAAGAUGAGACUACAAAAGAGAGCCCCACUGCUGCCAAUGAAAUCACUGAUGUAUUGGAAGUUAAAGCAUCGAUAGAACUGGCUACAGAUGAAGUGAAAGAGGAAACAGAAACAGACACACUGGAAAAAGAGGAAAAAACAGACGAGCCUAUGUUGUUGAUACAGGAUGCAAAGGAAGAUGUUCCUACUGGUGAGCUGCAUGAUGCGCAGGUGGACACCCAGUACGAGGUUGCAGAAGACGACACAAAGAAGAGGCCAGAGGAAGCUGAUGAAAAUGAGGAUUCUGCUGAGAUGAAUAGAAAGAAAGAAGCUGGUGAGGUAGAUACUGAGAACGAGGAGCUCAACACACAUGUAGAGGUUUUACCUGUGAUGGAUAUCCUGCAAACCAAAGAGCCAGUUUUGAAUAACUCCGUAAUUAAUGAAGUUGAAGAAAAAGGACUACUGACUCCUGUGGAUAUAAUAGAGAAGAGUGCAGAUACUCUACUACCAGAAAUGUCUAGUGCAGAACCUCUGGUAUCUUUAUCACAGGCCUCAUGUGAAGCAGGAAAAACUGCUUUAGCAAUUGAAAAAUCAGUUGCUGAUAAAUUGCUGGAAAAUCAUGAUAUUUCCAACAUGUCUGAAAUGAACACAGACAUCUUACCUUCUAAAACUCAGGAAACCUCAGAGCAGGAGUCCACACCAACAGUGAAAAUUAGUGACAAAACCACUGUGAACAACUUAGAAAAUGGCCAAGAGGAUAAUUUAACCAGUGGUCAUUUGAAAGAUGAGAACUUCGCUGACGUGGAUGUAGAUGUACCUCAUCUGAAUGAGAGAUUGGAGAAACCAUCUGACGAACCUUCACAUGAGAAUCAAGAGCUGAUGUCUGAACCCCCUGCCACCAGUAAGAGUGGCAGCAUUUCCGAGGAGGUGGAGAAAACAGAGUCCACAGACACUGCAGAAGUCAAGAAGACAAUCACUGAGUUUAUCACAAAGGAAGGAGAUGUUGAAGAGGAAGCUGUUCAGAAUGGUUUGCACAAAUGUGCUCCUGUAGAGAAGCCUGAACCUACAGAGAAGCCAGAUGAACAAGAUAUUGAAAAUGAGCCUGAAACCAACACCACUGGUCCAAGUGAGGCGUUCUCAUUAGAUCAUGACCUCACAGAAAAAAUGCAGCCAGCACCUGAGCCGAGUGAGAAUGAUGAGACAACAGCAGGAGAUGAAAAAGAGAAUGCAGAAAGCAACCAGGCCCAAAAAGGAGAGAUUACCUUUACCAGUAGCCACGACAUGAAAGUUGCACUGAUACCUGUGAGUGACAUAGAAAACAUUGCAGAGAAGGAGAUGGAGCACGAGGACAGUGAAGACCUCUACCGAGGAGAUGAUGAGAUUGAACAAGAGCAGGCCAAAGAAAUGAAAUUGAUGCCGAUCAUGGAGUUUACAAUCCCCGGAGUGGAGGAGAAGUGUAGCUUAGCUGCUCCUGUUGAUAUUUUGGCCUACAGUGAGAGGGAGUGGAAGGGAAAUACAGCCAAGAGCAAUCUCAUCAGAAAGGGCUACUCUGAAAUAUCUUGUAGUUUUACUGGGCUGAGGAGAGUAAGGGGAGACAACUACUGCUCUCUGAGAGCUACACUAUAUCAGGUGCUGGCAUCAACAACACACACACCAGCCUGGCUACUGGAGGAAGGUUUCACAUCGUUGCCAGAUAUAAUUGAAGCUCAGGAGCACUUGAUAGGUAUCUGGGUGUUUCCUCCAAAGUGUAUCAAAGCUGGAGAGAAGGAGGAUGCUGUGGAGAAACUUAAACACUAUCUGGAACUCCUGCAGAAAACAUGGCAGGCAGCAGCAGAGUCAGAGACCCUAGAGGAAAAGCUGGGAUUGUGUGAUCACGUAUUUCAGGGUGGAGAAGAAGAGUACGCUCUUCUGGAGGUGCUGAAGUUCCUCAUGCUGGUGAAAGCAGUGGAACUUCAUAAAAAAAUGCAGGCAGAACAGGAAGUGCCUGUCUUCUGCUGGCUACUGUUCGCCCGUGACACAUCUGAAAACCCCAAAAUGUUCUUCAGCAAUCAUUUGAGCCAAGUUGGGUUCAGUGGCGGCCUGGAACAGGUGGAGAUGUUUCUGCUUGGUUAUGCCUUACAGCACACCAUUCAAGCCUUCCGCCUCUACAAGACUGACACAGAGGAAUUUGUGACACACUACCCUGACGACCACAAACACGAUUGGCCCUGUGUGUCUGUCAUCACAGAGGAUGAUCGCCAUUACAAUGUCCCCGUUAGGAAGCCAACACAAUACAGACUGUAACAUCUUCGUGUUCCUCACCUGAUUAUCAGGAUGUCUGGAAAGUGGUUGGAGGAAGAAAACUAUGACAUCACCAUGCUCUGCCUUCGCUUGAGUAAUUAUUAAUAGAAUAGCUGGGAGAUCAUUGGCUGUUAACAAGAUCUGACUGGAGGAAUAGAGUUAUGGUGAAGAACUUUAAUUAAUAGAAAAGAAUAUUUGUUUUUAACAUUUGCUUGCAUUUGGUUAAAGUUGUUAGCAGCUUGGCUAAAGUUAACAACGCUAACAAAAGCACUCAGGUUUUUUUUUUAGUGCAAUUCAUUGACUGAUAUGUUUAGAUUUUGUAUUACAGUGAGUUUAUGAUCAGUUCUUAAUUUAUACAGUUGCAUUGUUCAGAAUGAAAUAACACAAUGGUUACAGAAAUACCAUACAGGUGUUUACUAUAAAACUGUUUUAAACCCUCUGACAGUUGCAAGUGUAAAUAACGUCGCUAACACUGACACAAGCUGACCUUAUAGAGAUUGCUGUGAGAUACAAAAUUCAGCUUCAUGAACACAUCCACAAAAAGCCCUGAUAUAGUAAAAGCUUUUUGUGCUCUUCUUGAUUUAUAUCCUUCAUCAAAACAUCAUAUCUGAUAUUAGACCAAGAAAAUCCAUCUUUUUUAGACAGAGGUCAAAAGAGAGGUCAUGGCUGUAUACAGUGAUUCCUGAUUCUUUUCACACUAAUGUUUCAGAUCAAAAAACAAAUGUAAAUAUUAGUCAAAGAUAACACAAGUAAACACAGCAUGCAGUUUUUAAAUGAAGGUUAUAAUAAACUAUUACGGUAAAACAAAAUCCAAACCUACAUGGCCCUAAAAAAAAAGUGCUUGUCCACUAAACAUAAUAACUGGUUGGGCCGCCCUUGGCAGAAAGAACUGCAAUCAAGCGUUUGCGAUAACUUGCAGUGAGUCUGUUUCAGCGCUGAGGAGGAAUUUUGGUCCACUCAUCUUUGCAGAAUUGUUGUAAUUCAGCCACAUUGGAGGGUUUUUGAGCAUGAAUUUCCUUUUUAAGGUCAUGCCACAGCAUCUCAAUAGGAUUCAGGUCAGGACUUUGACUAGGCCACUCCAAAGUCUUCAUUUUGUUUUUCUUCAGCCAUUCAGAGGUGGACUUGCUGGUAUGUUUUGGAUCAUUGUCAUGCUGCAGAACCCAAGUUUGCUUCAGCUUGAGGUCACGAACAGAUGGCCGCACAUUGUCCUUCACAGAUGUUUUGGUAGACAGCAGAAUUCAUGAUUCCAUUUAUCACAGCAAGUCUUCCAGAUCCUGGAGCAGCAAAACAGCCCCAGACCAUCACACUACCAGCACCAUAUUUUACUGUUGGUAUGAUGUAUGAUGAUUUUUCUGAAAUGCAGUGUUACUUUUACGCCAGAUGUAAAGGGACACACACCUUCCAAAAAAUUCAACUUUUGUCUCAUCAGUCCACAGAGUAUUUACCCAAAAGUCUUGGGGUAAGCAAGGCCCUUAAUAUCACCUGCUCCAGGGGCACCAUACUAUGGCUGACCCUGCGCUCUGACCCCAGGCCUCAUAAUAACCUGUGAUAUGCGAAAACUUAAAGCAUUUCACUGCAUAUUGUACUCUGUAUGUGACAUAAAAUUUUAUUUUGAAAUUGGGAUCCUCAAAAAGAUUUCUGGCAAAUCUGAGAAGAGCUGUUAUUAUAGCUGCGAUGUUCUUUUUGCUCAGCAGCGGUUUUUUUCUUGGAACUCUGCCAUGCAGGCCAUUUUUCCCCAGUCUCUUUCUUAUGCUGGAGUCAUGAACACUGACCUUAACUGAGGCAAGUGAGGCCUGCAGUUCCCUGGACGUUGUUGUGGGGUCUUUUGUGACAUCUCAGAUGAGUUGUCGCUGCGCUCUUGGGGUAAUUUUGGUGGGCCGGCUUUCCUGGGAAGAUUCACCACUGUUUCAUGUUUUUGCCAUUUGUGGAUAAUGGCUCUCACUGUGGUUCGCUGGAGUCCCAAAGUUUUAGAAAUGGCUUUAUAACAUUUUCCAGACUGAUAGAUCUCAAAUACUUUCUUUCUCAUUUGUUCCUCAAUUUCUUUGCAUCUCAGCAUGAUGUGUAGAUUUUGAGGAUCGUUUGGUUUACUUCACUUUGUCAGUCAGGUCUUAUUUAUGUGAUUUCUUGAUUGUGAACAGGUGUGGCAAUAAUCAGGCCUGGUGUGUCAGGUGUGAUAAACCACAGGUAAGUUAUGUUUUAACAGAUUUAUGUGGGUAUGGAUUUUGUUUUCCCUUAAUAAUAAAAACCUUCAUUUUAAAACUGCAUGUUGUGUUUACUUGCGUUAUCUUUGACUAAUAUUUAAACUGGUUUGAUGAUCUGAAAAAUUAAAGGGUGACAAAUAAAAAAUCAGCAAGGAGGCCAACACUUUUUCACAUCACUGUAACUAUAUGUAGAGAUGGUUGACAAACGAAAAAAACUGCACCACUGUUGUGGUAUGAGGCAUGUUGCAGGCAUUCAUAGACACUUAGUACGAAGCAGGACUGGAAAUCAAUAUGAUGCCAUUCUCACUUAAACCUUUAAACCUCUGAUGAAACAUUUCUGUCCUGAUGGGAGUGGACUCUUCCACCAUGACUCUGCCGCCGACUCGCUAUACGACUUGAUGAGGAUGAAAAUUAAAUCACACUCCGCUUCUACCGACAAACCGGCAGUUCAGGUGAUGUUCCUCUCUCGGGUAAACAUCAAAGAAUGUGAAGAAUUUACAUAAAGAUAAGUUGAUUUUCCUUUAAUUUGUCACCUAUCUGUAAGUUUAAGUAUGUACACGUAUUUAUCCAUCGCCUUUGCUAAACAGUAGAACUGAACUUCUGAGCUACUUUGUUAUUCAUCGUAACACAGGCUGCAAAGUUGAACAUGUGGAGUCUUAAGGCUAUAGUGCCAAAUAUUUUUAAGGGGAAACCUUAAAACCUUAAUUCCAUUUAUAAGGCACUGUCUGCUGUUUUAGUGUGGUGUUUUACACAGACUACACCAGAUGUUCCAUUCAGGCCACAAGGAUAUCAGCCAUUCCUCAUGUUUUCUAUUCUGACUCCCCAAACAUCUGAACUGUGUAAUCAAGGGCUGUGGAGCAAUUUUAUUUAUUUUUCUCUGCCUCCAGAAUGCUUCAAGCUGGAAGAGGAAAAAAUGAACUACAUUGCUGAUAUUGAUUGUUGGAUUAAGGAACUCUGGUAGUAACUAGUUUAUAUAGGAGGCUUUCGCACUGGCAGUUUAGUCAGAAACAGAUCAUGGUUAGCGUGAUAUAUUGGUAAUGUGAAAGUUGUCAUGUGGACCGUGAAGCACAGUGCAGUACUGAACCUGAGACUUCCUGUAGGACGAAGCGUGAGUUCAGUUGCACUGGAACUGUGCCACGAUUCUCAUGAACACGAACUGUUCAGGAAGUAAUGUAACCUGUGCGUGUGUUUUAGACGAUGACGACAUCAUUUGUUUUCAAACAUGUGUAGCAUGAGUGGCAGGGGAACAGUGUGGGACAAGAGAAGAGAUGAGAUGCCUUACUUUACAUACGAGCACCAAUAUAACAUGAUGAGUCACACUGUGUUCUCCAUGCUCAUGUGGUACCGUAAAUACACCAGGGUUUAAGAGAAUAAACUGACUCUGAACCCAGACCAGUGCUGAGGGGCAUCAGGAACAUUCACACUGAUUUAGACCAUGCCCAGUGUAAAAACCACCUCAGCUGUAUUUUAUUGAUAACAAAAGCUCAUCAAGAAAUGAUUCAUUAUGACAUUUUAUUGCUUCAGUUAAAUCUGUCUGGAACAUUUUAAUGAACCUUCCAGCCACUAGAACACAGUGUUAUCCGCUCAGUAACAACCUCGCCCUUUUGUUCAGUAGCUCGCUUUCUAGAAUCAUCUGAUUCUCUUCUUAUGUUUCAUGUGGACUGCGUUCAAUAGCUGUUUAAAUAAAAUGAAGCCUGACUGUUGUGUCACUUCUUA